AUGCAAAACAAUAGCAAUUCUGGCCGUCAAGGUAAAGAGAAACGUUUCUCUAUACACGACGCAUUCGAAGAGGAGACAGACGAGGCAAUACGCGUUUAUGGUUCCACAGUGAUUUCAACGCCUAUGCGUGCCAAGCAACGUUCAACGGACGAUGUCUCCAUUCGCAUACAGGAUCCCAAAAACUACACCAAAUAUGCUGAGGAUACGACAUCGCGUGACAGCGACUCGCUAAUUCAAGAGUAUGGCAAUAUACCCACAGAGGAGACCAACACAUACUGUUGGCGGCAUCCGAAGGUGCGCGAAAAUUGGCGAACUGUAUUAGCUGCCGUCACAUUGUUGAUUGUUGGCACCGGUCUCUUUGUAUUCGGUACAUUCGCUGUCGCAGAUCCGGCGAACACAUCACAAGGUGUGGUGUUCUUUGUAGCUGGCCUAAUCUGCUUUAUACCGGGCGCCUAUCAUGUUGUCUACAUUUGGCUGGCAGCCAAAGGAUACCGAGGGUUCGACUUCUAUCAUCUCCCGUUGUUUACAUAA